UACAUUGAUGACAGUUGUCUUCAAGGCCAAACAUACGAAGCUUGUUUAGAAAAUAUUGAAAAAACAGUCACCUUAAUGGAUUCACUUGGGUUAACAAUCCACCUUGAAAAAUCAGUCUUAGUACCAACAAAACAGAUAAAUUUUCUAGGAUUUUUAUUAUGCUCAGAAACAAUGACCAUAAGACUUACAUUGGAACGGAAAAGCACCUUGAUCGAACUUUGCAAAAACAUAAUAAAUAAACGUAAAUGUCUGAUAAGACACUUUGCACAAUUGAUUGGCAAAUUAGUGGCUUCUGAGCCUGGGGUGGAGUAUGCUCCACUCUUUUAUAUACCCUUAGAAAAAGUUAAAGACAAAAACUUGAGGUUAAACAAGGGUCAGUAUGAUAAGUUUAUGAAACUGUCAAGCAAAACUAAAAAUUGUAUAAACUGGUGGAUUGUCCAUACUCCCAUCAAUUAUAAAUUAGUUCUUAGGGAGGAACCAUCACUCACCAUUUGUUCAGAUGCCUCGUUGAGUGGGUGGGGUGCAAUAGAUAUAACAAACUGUGUGAAAACUGGAGGUCAGUGGUCAGGCGAUGAACAAAGACUCCAUAUUAAUGUACUGGAACUGAAAGCUUGUGAACUAGCAAUACAAUCACUUUGUAAACAUAUCUCAAAUACUCAUGUUAGAAUUUACAUGGAUAACACAACAAGUUGCUCUUACAUCAACAAAUUUGGGGGAAAAUCUGAAAACCUUGAUUUAAUUGCUAGGUCAAUCUGGAUAUGGUGCAUAGACAGAAAAAUUCAUUUAAGUGCUGCACAUUUACCAGGCUCAAUGAACUGUGAAGCAGACGAAAUGUCUCGAAAAUUCAAUGAUGACCUGGAAUGGUCACUUACCGAAACGGUGUUUUCCAAGAUUUUUAAUACAUAUCGCCAUAUUGACAUAGAUCUCUUCGCAUCUAGAUUAAAUAAAAAGCUUUCAAAAUAUGUUACAAGAUUGCCGGAUCCGGAUGCACAUGCUAUAGACGCCUUUUCUCUAACUUGGAAAAAUAUGUUGUAUUAUAUUUUCCCACCUUUCAGCUUACUGUCCAAGGUGCUUCAGAAAAUAGAAAUAAACGGAACAGAAGCGGUAAUAGUUGUGCCAGUGUGGACCACACAGGUCUGGUGGCCAUCUCUUCUACGUCUGAUCAGCGGACCAUGUUACAUCCUUCCAUCUCCGCAAAAAAUACUUCAUCUACAUCACAAACCAGAGAGAAAACACCCCUUAACAAAGAUGAAAUUAGCUGUUUUUCGAUUAUCCGGGAAUCCCUUGAAAGCAGAGGAAUACCAGCUGCAGCUGCCGACAUCAUUAUCAAAUCUUGGAGAAAAACUACAAAGAAACAGUACAAUUGUUAUAUUAAACAGUGGAUUCGGUUCUGUGGGAAAAAGAGAAAUCCUCUUAAGCCCUCUGUAA